UGUGUAUGCGAGUGAAGAUAUAAAUAUCAUGGUUCAUGCAUUACAUGUUUCAAUUAAAUUUAGAGUGGGAUAUUAUAGGCUUCAUUGUUUGGUCAGAAAUUUUUGCAGACCCAAAUUAAUGUUCACCUUUGGUCAAGCAACACCCACCAAAAAACACUUUGAUUUCCCAUUGCCGCAUAUUUUGUAAAGGCAAUCUUAUUCUUAUGGUAAAAGGGAAAAAAAAAAUAUUCAUUAGUCGGUAAGGGGAAAGUGAGAAGCACAAAAUUGAGGCAAGGUUAUAUAGAAGUCUCAGUUUUAGUUUAAUAGGCACAUCACACUCACAUCUAUUGAAGUUCAUAAUUCCACCUCUUGUGUUUUUUCCAAGGCUUUGCCAACAACAAUUCUUUGGCUUAGAGUUAUAGAGCAUGGUGGGGAGCAUUAUGGGAGUGGUUCACAAUGCAUACACAAAUGGAAGUGUUGGUGUACAAAAUUGUAAUGGGGUGGAGGAGAAGCUUGAUUGUUUGAGAAGGCUAAUUGGGAAGGGUGAUGGUGACCCUUUGAGAAUUGUGAGUGUUGGAGCUGGUGCUUGGGGAAGUGUUUUUGCAGCAUUGCUACAAGACACUUAUGGCCAAUUUAGGGACAAAAUACAGAUCAGGAUAUGGAGAAGGGCAGGAAGGGCAGUGGAUAGAGCCACUGCUGAGCAUCUCUUUGAGGUCAUCAACUCAAGGGAGGAUGUGUUGAGGAGGUUGAUCCGCCGUUGCGCUUAUCUCAAGUAUGUUGAGGCAAGGCUUGGUGAUAGGACACUCUUUGCAGAUGAGAUUCUCAAAGAUGGUUUUUGCUUGAACAUGAUUGAAACACCACUUUGUCCUUUGAAGGUUGUCACAAACUUGCAAGAAGCUGUUUGGGAUGCUGAUAUUGUUGUCAAUGGCUUGCCUUCAACUGAAACAAGAGAGAUCUUUGAGGAGAUUAGUAAGUAUUGGAAGGAGAGGAUCACAGUGCCUAUAAUUAUCUCUUUGUCAAAAGGUAUAGAGGCUGCAUUGGAGCCUGUUCCACAUAUUAUAACUCCAACAAAGAUGAUUAACCAAGCAACUAGAGUGCCUAUGGAGAACAUACUCUAUCUUGGUGGUCCAAAUAUUGCCUCAGAAAUCUACAACAAGGAGUAUGCCAAUGCAAGAAUCUGUGGAGCUGAGAAAUGGCGGAAACCUCUGGCGAAGUUUUUACGACAACCACACUUUAUUGUCUGGGAUAACAGUGACCUCGUCACGCAUGAGGUCAUGGGUGGCUUGAAAAAUGUCUAUGCAAUAGGAGCUGGAAUGGUAGCUGCCCUUACCAAUGAGAGUGCUACAAGCAAAUCUGUGUACUUUGCACACUGCACGUCGGAAAUGAUAUUUAUCACUCAUUUGUUGGCUGAAGAACCUGAGAAACUUGCAGGGCCAUUGCUAGCUGACACUUAUGUGACCUUGUUAAAAGGCCGUAACGCUUGGUAUGGCCAGAUGUUAGCUAAGGGUCAAUUAAGACCAGACAUGGGUGACAGUAUUAGUGGCAAAGGAAUGAUUCAGGGAGUGUCAGCAGUGGAGGCAUUCUUUGAACUUCUGAGCCAAUCUAGCCUGAAUGUGUUGCAUCCUGAAGAAAACAAACCUGUUGCUCCUGUAGAGCUCUGCCCUAUCUUGAAGACACUCUACAAAAUUUUGAUAUCAAGGGAACAGUCAUCACAAGCUAUUCUGAAAGCCUUGAGGGAUGAAAAUCUGAAUGAUCCUCGUGAACGAAUUGAGAUUGCACAAAGCCAUGUUUUCUACAAGCCUUCACUUCUUGGACAACCCUGAUUGUUUUCUCAUUGGCAAAAGCCAAAUGUGGAUGCAACUAUAUAUGGAAGCAUUUGUCAACUCAAAGAGAAUAUUUAAAUGAGCAUGAAUGUAUUGUUUUGUGAUGGAUUUUGUAUUA